AUGACAUCAAAAUCGUUACUUGGGCGCAAUGAAAAAUUGUGAAAUUUUUGUUAUUGUCUUUGUUGUUUUUUCACUAAACAUAUCAAAGGCUUUUCUCCUUGAUGAAUUGAAAGUAGCCGCCAGCAUAUGUCGAGAAGAGUUUCCAGAUGUAAAAGGUGAUAUAUAUGAACUAUUCGAUGGUCGUAUGGAUGCCAACAGUGAUGAUGAUGAGUUUAAAUGUUUUGUCAAGUGCAUGGUAGAAAGACAAGGAUCAUUGGUAAAUGGCACGAUUGACAUAACGGCAUUGCUUAAAGAUGCUAAAACAGGUCCUUUGCCCAAUGACUAUCCCCCUGAGUUGGUUAAAAUGGUUGAAAAAUGUUCUCUGGAAAAGGGUGCAAAUGAUUGUGAAACUGCUUUCAAAAUGGUUAUUUGCGUGUGUAAUAAGUGAGCUAGAAAGGUGUAUUCUGCAAUAAAAAUGGUACGCAACAAGUAUGGCAAAAUAA